GAAGAAGAAGAAGACGAAGAAGAAGAAGAAGAAGAAGAAGAAGAAGAAGAAGAAGAAGAAGAAGUAGUAGUAGUAGUAGUAGUAGAUGUUGUUCGUUUGUGUUGUGCAGAAGGUUUCCUAGAGAUUCGGUUUACCCGACAUGGACAAUACAUAUCAAUACCGGGCUCCGUCAGAAAAGCAACAGCCUGCUGUCUAUACUGACGGGUUUCUGGAGACCCCGUACAACACUAACAGGCCUCCUCCGAACAGCGCGGAUCCUGAACCGACACAGUGGGCUCCUUCAUCGGGACCGACACAGACAGACCACGCUGCUCCUCGGUGGACUCCUCCACCGGGAUAUGUCAGUCACCAAGUCUACGGACUCAGUUUCCCCGCACCGUCUUCCAGAGUGGGGGGUUUUAGGGGGCCUCGAUUGGCCCCUCCGUAUGGAUUUGAUCUCUGCGUCCCUCCGCCUCCUUUCGGCUGUCCUUCACCGGGACACUUCCCGAUCACAGUGCCCUCCGCUCCAGUAAACACAUGUAGCAACCUCGCGCAGCUUAGAGCCGGUCCUCACCCCCCCGAGGAUGACUUUCAACAGGUGUCAGACUUCGUUAAGAACCGGCAGAAGGAAUAUGCGGACUUACAUGAGGCUGGGGCUAAGUUCGGCGGCCCGCACUUUACUCCUCCUCUUGGUCAAGACCCCCACUGGAGACCAGGAACAACAACAGCACAGCCUGAGGAUGAUGCCGCCUUUCAAAGGAGGCGGGAUGCACACUGGCUCAGACAGUUCUUGCAAAGCAGGGGUAAAGUGUCGAAGAGCCCGCACACCCAAAAGCAGCGGUCGCACCAAAGCUGUGUCCCUGCCCUGAGAGAGGCUCUGUACGGGGCAGCUCAGCUCAUCUCAGCGCUGGAAAAGUCCUGUCAAACUCUGAAACACAACGUGGAAAAUGACUGUGUGUGGACUGACUCCUAUCUGACUGUUUUAACUAUGAAGAGAGCACUCCAGGAAACAGUGAAACUCCUUAGCGACGGAGAGUGGUUAAAUAUAUUAAAAGCUAAACUGAGCCGUGUCGGGAAGAGGAGGGCCCGGAGAUGGAGAACCAGCAAACUGCUGCAGCUGGAGGAGAAACACAAACAGGAACAUAUAUCUGAGAGAGAGGCUGCUAUAGACACAUGGAGGAUAAAGCAGAUACAUGAAGUAGAGGAGAGGAAGAAGGAGCAGGAGCUGAAGCUGGCUGCAGACUCAGUUCUCUGUGAAGUAAGGAAGAAACAGGCAGACGUGAAGAGGAUGCAGGACAUCCUAAGAUCUCUGGAGAAACUACGCAGGCUGAGGAAAGAGGCAGCAUCCAGGAAAGGUAUUGUCACAGCAAAGGACUGUGAUGAGGUGUUCAGCAGUCGACUGGAGCAGCUGAGGAGUGUGAUGAAGAGGAGGACAGCGGUUUACUCAGCUGAGGAGAAAGCUCUGAUGGUGAUGCUGGAAGGAGAGCAGGAGGAGGAGAGGAGGAGAGAGCAGGAGAGACGAGUGCAGAAGGAGAGAGAGAGACAGCUUCAGAGGAAACACAGAGUGGAUGCCAUGCUGUUUGGAGAUCAGCUUCCUGUUGAUUCUAUCCUGCAGCCAUUCAGCGAAUAUUACAACCAGGCACAACACUCACUGCAAGCUUUAAUACAAAUCAGGAGAGAGUGGGACGUGUUUAUGGUUGCUGCAGAUCAUCCCGAUGGUUCUUGGGUUCCUCAGAGCUGGAUCCUGCCAGACCCCCCGUCAGACCAGGACUGGGCAUCUGCUCUGCAUGCUGCUGACACUGACUGAGACAGACUGACUCGUUGUAUGUAUUGUCAACUAGAGUCUGAAAUAAAACUCUAAGCUGUCAAUCUAUUAAUCAGUCAAUCAGGAAUUUGUGGACUGCCUGUUAGUAUAAACUGAGCUGAAGAGGACAUGAAAAUAAGACAGUUGUCCUGUCAGUGUACUAGAAAUCUCAGGUGGACCAGUUUCUAUACUCAACACACAGAUUACAUGUAUUUAUUUACUGACUCUCCCAGGAGAGGACAGGAGAACAAGCUCUUUUCUUUUCUCAGUUUCAAUUUCAGAUACUUCCAGAUCAAUUUCAGAGAGAAAUCUACUGAGAUUAGUAUCUGAAAUUGUGCCUGAAUUUAAAAUUUAAAAUUGUAUUUACAUCCAUCAUCUUUCUUUGGCUUUUUUAUUCUCCUGCUCAGAGCUGUUCCUCCAGAGGUCUGCAGUAGGGUGAGGAGAAUAAAACUCAAUGUUCAUGUAAUGACAUUCACAUGUAUAAAAAGCUCUAGUGAUGGACAUCAAGUACCUGGUAAAGUGCAGAGUCAACAGAAACUGAGUUGAGACCUUUUAACAGUGACAUUUUAUAGUGAUAAAUUCUCUCACACAAAACUCAAUCGAUUCAUACAUUGUUGUUUCACAGAUGAACAUGAUAACUUUGGUUCUGCUUUCAUUAGUUUUGGAAAAGUUGAAUACAUCUCCAGCUCUUAUUUCUCAUAUUUAUUAAUGUAUUUCAUCUGUUUUUCUGUUUGUUUUCUUUUUUCAUAGGAUUGAGAUGUUAUGAUUCUCUGAAUCAGCAGAAAAUAGAACAGAAAAAGGAAAUAACGGCAUACAUUUAUUUACCCACAGAUGUAUUGUUAUUUCUGGAGUGGAGUUUUUAAGUACAUUUUUCAUUUUGAUUCGCUAUAUGUUUAAUAGAAAAGGCUGCAGUGCAAGAGUGUAGAACGACAUACUGUUUGAUUAUUCUGAGAGUCUUAGCAAACGUGAAGUUUGUCAUAAUGGUGGGGGCAGUAUAUCAAUCUGUACACACACUGACAUAUAUUGGACACAAGUCCAAUAUUUGGUCUCUAUCAAAUCUUGAGGGAAAUAUGUGGUUCUUUAGAUACUAAAUGCACCACUGUGUUUACCAGCUAGUCUCUAACUGUGUCUGUGUGCUGUUUGCUGCUGAGCAGCUAGUGGAAAGUGGCUUUUUACAGCUUUUUCUCUGAAAACAGCUGCUGCUGUGGCCGAAAAUGAUGACGUGAGAGUGAACCAGAACAGUAAAGUUGAGGGCCAGACAGGUAACUGAACAAAACAGUGUGUAAAGCCAAGGGGAGCUGUAAAUUCAGCUAAUAAUUCUCUGUAGGUUCAUUACAACCACAGGCAUCGUUCACAUUGUCGAAAUUAUUUGAUCCAUUGCUAGUAUAAAAAUAUUGAUUGUUGCAGCUUUAGAAAAGCUGCAACAAUCAAUAUUUGGAUGUCAGAGGGUCCCAACAAAACUUUCAUCUUGUGGGAACUCUAAUUAUGCAAAACCAUACAUUAAUGAAAAGUAUCGUGUUGGUCAAGGAAAAACCAAGUGAAGAGUGUCACAAGAUGAAAGGUCAUGAAAUCAGUAGAAUCGUCAGAAGUCAGGAAUAUUCACAACAGAUGUGAUAAAAAUCUUCCCUGUUCAGGAGUUACAGGAUUUUCAUCCAAGUAUUAAAAAUAAUCCUUAUACAGUUAGGUCCAUAACUAUUUGUACAGUGAACCAAUUUUUGUAAUUUUGCCUACUUACUCUACCACAAUUUAAAAAGAAACUGUCACGAUAUGAUUGAAGUGUAGUGUAACAAAAACAUGGCACUAACCGUUUAGGAAUGACAGCCAUUUUUAUACAUAGUCCCUCAUUCUCAGAGGCUGAAAAGUAAUUGGACAAACCGACACAAUUAUAAAUAUAAGGAUUAUUUUUAAUACUUGAAUGAAAAUCCCUUGCAGUCAAUGACUGCCUGAAGUCUUGAACUCAUGGAAAUCACCCAAUAAUGAUUUUCCUACCUUAAGAUGCUUUACCAGGCCUUCACUGCAACCGCCUUCAAUCACUGCUUGUUUAUGAGUCUUUUUGUCCUCAGUUUUGUCUUCAGUAUGUGAAAAGCAUGCUCAGUUGGGUUGAGGUCAGGUGACUGACUUGGCCAUUGAAGAAUAUUCCAUUUCUUUGCCUUGAGAGCCUCUUGGGUUGCUUUCGUAAUAAUUUUUAGGUCAUUACCCAUCUGUACUGUGAAGCAGUGUCUUAUAAGUUUUGCACCAUUUCGCUGAAUCUGAGAGAAUAGUGUAGCCCUAUACACUGUCAGCAGUCACAUCAUCAAUAAACACCCAGUGACCCAGUUCCAUUGGCAGUCAUACAUGCCCAUGCCAUACCACGGCCUCCUCCAUGUUUGACAGAUGAUUUGGUAUGCUUUGGAUCAUGAGCCAUUCCUUUCCUUCUAUUUAACUCUCCUCUCAUCAUUCUGGUACAAGUUAACCUUGGUUUCAUCCUGUCAAGGGGUAUUCAUCACCAAGGAAAGAAUUCUGUGAUCAUCCACUGUAGUUGUCUUCUACAGUCUUCCAGGCCUUUUGGUGUCGCUGAGCUCGCCAGUGGAUUCAAUCUUUUUAACCAAAUUGUUGAUGUGGCCACUCGUUAAGUUUCUGCUAUCUGUCUGAUAUGUUUGUUUUGUUUUUUCAGCCUCCUUCAUUUGCAGUGACACCACUUCGACUGCAUAUUGAGAGUUCACAUGAACAGCUACCAAAUGCAAAUUCUACAGUUUGAAUCAUUUCUACACCUUUUAUCUGCUUAAUUUGUCAUGAAAUAACGAGGGAACAGGCCACACCUGGCCAUGAAACUGUCAGUCAAUUGUCAAAUUACUUUUGAGCCUCU